CUGCCGUCUCAUCGCGAGAAGCAACGGCCGGGGGCGUCUGCGCGACGAACGGAAGGAAGUGUUGGUGACGGUCUGAGCAACCACCGCCAAGCUGGGCACCGGAGAGAUGGCCGAGACUGACCCCAAGACCGUGCAGGACCUGACCUCUGUGGUGCAGACUCUCUUGCAACAGAUGCAAGAUAAAUUUCAGACCAUGUCCGACCAGAUCAUUGGAAGAAUUGAUGAUAUGAGUAGUCGCAUUGAUGACCUGGAGAAAAACAUCGCCGACCUCAUGACACAGGCUGGCGUGGAAGAGCUGGAAGGUGAAAACAAGAUACCUGCCACACAGAAGAGUUGAAGGUUGCUAAUAAUUAACACCAAAAUCUGGAACACCAAGAGGAGACCAGCUGGCUUUCUGAGCUAACCACUAUGUGUAGACAGGUUUUAUAUUAUAAGUGUGCGUUCUUAACCACAUACUAUAUAGUGAGUUUAAAGAGUGACUUCCCCCAGUGUCUUGAACAUGUUAUCUUCACAUUUCAGGCCUUGGUCAGUUGCGCUAUUAAUUAUUAAACGCUAAAACUUUGGCAGUUCCUGCA